UAAACUUAUUAAAUAGGCUAGAUGCUCGAUUUAUUUUCAAUAAUUAGUCGAGGCGGGAUAGUGCUGUGGUAUUUCCAGCGCGCUGCGGAUAUCCAAGUUUCGCUCCCGGUCAACUCAUUGAUCAAAUCAGUAAUUUUGCAGGAGAGAAGUGGAGCACAUAUCUAUGAGGCCCAUAAACUUUAUUUUAAACUCGAUAAUGAGUUUGAGCUGAUAUUUGUCGUCGGGUAUCAGAAAAUGCUGCAACUAUCAUACAUUGAUAAGUUGCUGGACCAGGUGAUGCUGACAUUCAGAAACCAGUUCCGGAACCAAUUACUUCAUAAUAAGUUGAUGAGCAAGUACGAGUUCACGAAUCAUUUCCAAGACAUCUUGAAAAAGUGUGAAGAUGACGUUAGGCUGAUUCAAGAGGCGCCUCGCAAAAUGCAGUCGUUCGAACAGUCCAACAAAUCAAAAAAGACGAUAGAGUCUCUAAAAAAGCCAACACCCGAAAAGCCGAAAAAAACGCCGGCAGUGAAAGUGUCUCCUGUUGUACCAGAAGACGAAGCUAAAGAAUCUGCAUCCGACGUGAACCACAAUUUCACCACAAAUGGAUCUACCGAGUGCGGAGACCUGAGCGAGGAAAUACUGAAACGUAAUCUGGAGAAUCUUCGCAAUAAGAAGAAUAAACUAAAUUCUCCAACUGCUAAAGGAAAAGAUUCGGGCAAGUCGAGACCGAAGGGGAAAGAGGGUCGCGUGUGGCCAUAUGGAGGCGCCAAAGGAGCUGAUAAAGAUCUGGACUACAGCAAGCCAAGGUCAGCACGGGGCACGGAUGACUCACUCUCGAAUGGAGUUAACGGGGAAGCAAAUGGAGAUGACACCGGGACUACGAACUCCUCGCAUGUCGCAGUGGGAUCCAUGAGGGGUCAGUUGAAAGACUUGGACACUGAAGUUGAUGAGUUUUCCGACAGCGACAGGGGAGAAGGGAGCGAAGACGAGGCUGACUCGGGUAGCAUGGAACCCAGUGGCGACAGUAAAAGACCUCAACCUUCGGCAUCUUCGAAAUCGAGUGGAGGGGGUCUUUUUGGAGUGUUCAAGGGCUUAGUGGGAAGCAAAACGCUCAACGAGGAGACACUGGAAGCACCUCUAGAAAAGAUGCGAGAACAUCUCAUAGGGAAGAACGUGGCUUCUGAGGUUGCGGAUGCUCUGUGUAGUUCAGUGGGACUGAAGUUGCAAGGCAAGACAGUGGGCUCAUUCAGCACAAUUGCGAGCAGUGUCCGCUCUGCAAUGGAGGAGUCCCUGACUACGAUUCUGUCUCCGAAGCAGCGGAUCGACAUGUUGAGAGAUGCACAGGCCAGAUCCGGAGGUCCCAAUGGAAGACCAUAUGUGGUCACUUUCUGUGGGGUGAAUGGAGUUGGAAAGUCUACCAAUCUCGCCAAGAUCUGUUUCUGGCUGAUUGAGAACGGCCUGCGGGUGCUAAUCGCCGGCUGUGACACAUUCCGAGCAGGGGCAGUGGAACAGCUGAAGACCCACUGCAGAGCACUCAACUCCCUCCAUCCCCCUAAGAAUGGAACAGGGGUGAUGGUCCAACUGUAUGAGAAAGGAUAUGGAAAAGAUGCCGCUAGUAUUGCACAAGAAGCUAUCAACUAUGCUAAGAGUACGAAGUUCGACGUUGUGUUGGUGGACACAGCCGGGAGGAUGCAGGACAAUGAGCCCCUGAUGAGAGCACUGGCUAAGCUGAUCAGUGUGAACAAUCCAGACUUGGUUCUGUUUGUGGGGGAAGCACUAGUGGGCAAUGAGGCCACUGAUCAGCUCAUGAAGUUCAACAGGGCAUUGGCUGACCAUGCACCUGUCAAUCAAAAUGGAGUCAACGCAGCAAGGACAAUAGACGCCAUAGUGCUGACUAAAUUCGACACAAUCGACGACAAAGUGGGCGCCUGUGUGUCGAUGACUCACUCCACUGGCCAGCCUAUCUUAUUCGUGGGAACAGGACAGACAUACACUGACCUGAAAGUUCUGAAUGUAAAUGCUGUGGUCAAUGCACUGCUGCGAAACUGAGAGGCCUUGAACUCAAUUUGAAAUGAAAUAGUACUUUCCUACGGACGAAAUCCUGAGGAAAAGGAUUGAAUAGUAAAAUAAAGGAGGACCCUAUUUCUCAGAAUCUGAAAUAUGCGGAGAAAAAGAGAGAGUUGUAUCGUUAGAAAUCAGAAAAUUAUAAUUGAAAUUAUCCUUAGGACAAAGCUUAGAAUAUUCAAAACCAUUAAUACAUUUGGGAGUGGUGCAUUCAGAAGCAGAAACAAAAUAACAGCAAAAAUGACCCUAUUUUGGGUUCGAUGUGCAGUAUACUUAUUUAUUAAUAGAAGUAUGAAACUAAACGAUCAAAGCUGCAAUGGAAUCAGCAAUCUCUAAUCCCUGUCAAAAUGUUUAGAAACUGAGUGCAUUAUAUAAAUUCUAGUUAUCGAGAUUUAUUAUCAUUACUAGCAGAAUGAACCUUGAAGGUCAACGAAUUUUAAAAUCUGUGACAUCAAAAUACGUCUUGGUUGAAAAUAUUGUCUUCUGAUUUUUUCAUAUCUAAAUAAAUGAUACAAUAAGUGCUAAAUAUUCAAUUCUAAAUUUGACCUGUUUUUGUCUGUUUUGAUCCAUCGAUAUCGGUGGCUGGAGAAUUUAUUAUGUAACAGCUGGUAUAGUUUCGAUAUAAUGGUGAUUGAUUUACGUAGUGAAAAACAAAAUUAAUAGAAAAA